AUGCAAAUGAGCAGCCGUAUCUUGAGGUGGAUAGAUCCUGAACUUGCCUGGAAUGACACGAUAUCUAGUGCUACAUCUGUUAUGUUGCCAGUUCACAAAAUCUGGACCCCUGGACUAGUUUUGGACAAUGUGAUAGAUGUAACCACAAAGACCUACACAGAUGACGUAGCAGUGAUGAAAAAUGGAACUGUGAACUAUGCUGUUGUCUUGUUUAUAGCAGUGAGCAGUGAAAUCAGCCUUUUCACCUACCCCUUUGUGACAGGGAAUUGUGAUGUCGCUAUCAAUGGGUGGAACCAAAGUGAUUGUGUCCUUUCACUUGAAUACCCUAAAAAUGCCAAUAUGUUUGGAUCGAGUCAGUGUGGUGAGUGGAACACGGAAAGUGUGGAAAUAAAGUCUUAUCCAAAUGGUUCUUCUCGCAACUAUCUCUCGAGGCUCAUGUCACACUGCAGAUGGCAGCAUCCAGACAUGAACAACUUCAGGGAGUGUGUGUCAGUAAAGGAUAUCAGUCUCGCCUGA